CCCAGCAUUGUGAGAGGCGUGGCCUGGAGGACAGGUUACCCUGGUAACCGUGGUGUUGGCGGCCCAGACCUGAUCAGGGCAGAGGACAAGAAAGCUGUGUGUGAAGAGGAGAAACGACAACAGCUUCCACUCCAGCCCCCAGCCCCCUGGGGGCUGAUGGGUGGCCAUGGAGCUGUACCUCAAGAACUGCUAUAAGACUGCUGAAGCCGCCGCCAAAAAGGCGGCCGCCGGCAACGUAAAUGCAGACAAGAAACAGUGCGGCACCGGCACCGGCCCCGGCCCCGGCACCAGCACAACCAAAAACCCCAUUCCAGAGGUCGGAGCGUCUCACCUAUUGGAUCUGCCUCUUGGGGUCAAACUGCCGGUUAUCCCAGGAAGCGAGAGUGUAUUCUAUACUACAAAUAUAAGUGAAAAGCUUUAUCAACCUUCUUAUGGUUUUAAUUUGACUGAUCCUUACUGCCGACUUUUGGAAACCACCUAUAAAAGUCUACAUGAUCCACAUUUAAAAGCAUAUUACAAGCGCAAAGACAUCCUAAGGAGAUUGAAGAAAGCUGGCUCCAUCACCACCAAUAAUAAAGUUGUAUGUUCCUUGAAGGAACUGAAUAAAUACAGGGAUUAUCUGACCAGUUUAAAAUUAGACUUUGAAAGAAACUAUAUAAAAGAACAAAGAGAAAAAUUUUCACUUGUCUGGAACGGAGACACACUAGACUUCAAUGCAGGCUAA